AUGGAUCUCGCAGUCCUCAUAACCAAUGACAGUCUGGUGCGAAGAUACAGACUGGAGGAGAGGAACCACAGGAGAACGUUGACGUGUGCUUCGCGUGGUUUUCCGGGAACCAGUGCUGUGCCUGUGUGUCUGUGUGAACGAGGGAUAGAUGGCCACCAGACGCCAGCGAAGUCUCCUGCCGGCAGGGGGAAUGUCAAUGUCGUCGAUGGGAUCAGGGACUGCCAGGACUGGGCCUGA